AUGCAUGAUGCGAGAAUGCUGGACACAUCUGGCCUCUAUGUUGACCUGGCACAGUUCGCCUUUUCCCCUGCUGGACAGGAGAUGUGUAUCUACGGGGAUCCGGCAUAUCCUCUACGUACCCAUCUGCAGUGCCCCUUCAGAAAUGGGGUGUUAACAAGACAAAUGGAAGAGUUUAAUGCAUCUAUGAGUUCUGUACGUACAAGUGUGGAAUGGUUGUUUGGAGACCUUAUAAAUUAUUUCAAGUUUCUCGAUUACAAAAAGAAUCUCAAAAUUGGCCUUAGCCAUGUAGGAAAAAUGUACAUUGUUUGUGCACUUUUGCGGAAUGCUUUAACAUGUCUCUACCGCAAUACGACUGCUGACUACUUUGGCCUUGACCCACCAUCACUAGUCGAUUACUUUAGCUAA